GGGCCCUGGGUCGGGCCUGGGCCCCAGGGCCAGGCUGCGCUGGGGCCAGCGACUCAGAGCGCCCGGCCGCGAGCUGGCAGCGUCCCCGCCAUGCGCGCCUUCCAGGAGCCGGGCAGCUGGAGCCUGUCGUUCGCGGGCGCCGGGUUCCUGGGGCUCUACCACGUAGGCGCGUGCCAGUGCCUGCAGGAGCGCGCCCCGCAGCUGCUCCGCGGCGCCCGCCGCUUCUACGGCUCGUCCUCGGGCGCGCUCAACGCCGUGGGGCUGGUCUGCGGCAAGUCGGCGGAUUUUUGCUGCUCGCAGCUGCUGGGCCUGGUGAAGGAGGUGGAGCGGCUGAGCCUGGGGAUCCUGCACCCCGCCUUCUGGCCCGUGGAGCACAUCCGGCGGGAGCUGGAGCACCACCUGCCCGCCGACGUGCACAUCCAGGCCUCCCAGCGCCUGGGCAUCUCGCUCACCCGCUGGCCCGACGGCCAGAACUGCAUCAUCACCCACUUUGCCAGCCGGGAAGAGGUCAUUCAGGCCCUCAUCUGUACCUUGUACAUUCCUUUCUACUGCGGGGUGAUUCCCCCCGAGUUCCGAGGGGAGCGCUACAUCGACGGGGCCCUGAGCAACAACCUGCCCUACUCGGACUGCAGCCGCACCAUCACCGUGUCCCCCUUCCGCGGCACCGUAGACAUCUGCCCGCAGAGCCUCUCGGCCAGUGUCCACGAGCUCCAGGCCUUCCAGGCCUGCUUCCAGAUCUCGUCCAGGAACUUGGAGCAGGGCGUCUACGCCCUCCUGCCCCCCAGCCCUGAGGUGGUGGCCGACUGCUGCAGGCAAGGCUAUCUGGACGCUCUGAGGUUCCUGGAGAGACGCGGUCUCACCCAGGAGCGGGUGCUGUGGACGCUGGUGUGUGAGGCGCCCCCAGGGGCCAGCGAGACCCAAGACCCGAAGACCGGCCUGUGCCUCGACUGGACGGUGCCCAACGUGCGUGUGGCGGACGUGCCCGACUUCCAGAAACUGUCCCCGGAGCUGGAGGCCGCGCUGCGGAGAGCCUGCGUGCGGGACCCCGCGCCCUGGGCCCGCUUCUGCCGCUCGGUGCCCGGGCAGGCACUUACCUACCUGCUGCUGCCCUGCACGCUGCCCCUGCAGUACAUCUACUUCCGGGGCAAAAGGCUGGUGCUGUGGCUGCCGCAGAUGCCCGCUGACCUGUGCUGGGUCCAGGACCAGCUCCGGAGUGCGGCCGCCCUGGCCUGCGCCCAGAUGAGGGAGCAGCUGCUCGGCCCGGCCAGCCCGCCAGCUGCCAGCCCCCUCCCGCCCGGGUCAGCCCCCACCGCCGCCGGGGACGUGGCACAGGAGCAGAGAGCCGGGCAUCAGGCCUGCGCGACCCCGUGACUGGCUCAGUGGCCCCCGUCUCAGCCCAUCCGCGUGGCCGACUCCUCCCCCAGGUCCCCCUGCUCGUCCUCCAUGCUCGAGGCUGGGGGGGGGGCCUUGCUGGGGGCUUCUGUCUCGGGAAGGGACCUAGACGCUGUGUUUCUGGAGAGAUCCGGGGGCUGACGUGCGGGCACUCAGGGCGGGCCGCUGGCACAGCUUUGUGGAGCAGAGAGUGGGGCCCAGCCUUGGGGGUCCUCCCCAUGGCCUCUCUCUGUCCUGCACCAGCUCUCAGGGGCCACCCCCACCCGUUCGUCUUCUUGUCUUCCAUGGGGUGCAGCCAGCGGGACACCCUGAGGUGUGAGAGAGGCUUUGAAACGCCAGGACCCCAACGCUGGGGUCGCGCGAGCCCCCACAUGGCCCCUCUCCUCCCCACCCCUUUCAGCCUCCCGCUCUGUGGGUCCGGGAUGGGGUGGGGGGGCUCCUGAGUCCGUCACUGCGCUUCUUGUUCUCAGAGCACAGUCCCCUGCUGAACCGCGGAAGGCCCUCAGGAGGGGAGGGGUGCAGAGAAAGGGGGGCCGGGAAUAAUAGCAGCUGCCUGAGAUGGUGGGGUCGCCCCUCCCUUCUCCCUGUGCCUCCUGACCUCAGACCCGGUCAUGCCCACCAGCAGGACGCUUGCUGGUGCUCGAAGAUCAUAACUGCUUUCCGGUGGAAGGCGUCUGCCGGGAAUAGGCUUCCAGACAGUUCUUGCGUCUUAGCGGCGGUGAUGAACUACAGAUGAAUGAAAUGAGAGACUCCGAGAGGUUUCCAGAAUCUUGCAGAA